CGCGUUCUCACCCGCAGGCAGAGCAAAUCUCCCGAAGCAGGUAAUGUGGCUGCAGCCGCGGGGCGCCGCCUCAGCGCGUGGAGCCCCUGGGGAGCCGCGUGUGGAAAAGCCGGGAAGCUGGCGGGCCGCUCAGGUUGAUAUUAAAAUUGGAUGUUUGCUGGAGACUGGAAAUUGAAUGUAAUGGCAGCAGAAUUUAUAAAGAGUUGCUGUAGAGGAUGUUUCUAUGGUGAAACAGAAAAGCACAAGUUUUCUGUGGAAACAGACUUUAACACAUCAUCAAAUAGCCAACAUGCUGUCUGUAUGCCUCCAUUGACAUCCGUUUCGGUGAAGCCUCAGGUUGGCUGUAGUGAGGAUUAUUUGCUUUCCAAGUUACCUUGUGAUGGCAAAGAUGUACCAUUUGUGGUACCCAGGUUUAAAUUAUCUUAUAUUCAGCCGAAGACACAAGGGGCACCUUCACAUCUGGAUGAACUGGAAGGAUCUGCCAGAGCAUCUUUUGGAGAUCGAAAGGUAGAACUUUCCAGUUCUUCCCAUGGAUCUAGCUAUGAUGUAUACAAUCCAUUCUAUAUAUACCAGCAUUUAUCUCCUGAUUUGAGUCGACGCUGUCCCCCUCAUUUGGAAAGGACCAAACUGUAUGGAUCUGUUUGUGAUUUAAGGACCAGCAAACUUUCUGGCUCCCCUGUGCUAAGCAAAUCUAUGCUUGAUCUUACAGUUUCAUCUCAGCGAUUCAUCCAGAGACAUGAUUCAUUGUCCAGUGUUCCCAGUAGUUCUUCUUCAAGAAAAAAUUCUCAGGGAAGUAACAGAAGCCUGGAUACAAUUACCCUAUCAGGAGAUGAAAGAGAUCUGGGAAGAUUGCAUGUGAAAUUGUUUUAUAAUUCUUCAGCAGAGCAGAUCUGGAUUACAGUUUUACAGUGCAGAGAUUUAAGUUGGCCCUCCAGCUGUGGAGACACUCCCACAGUUUCUGUCAAAGGAAUACUAACAUUGUCCAAACCAGUGCGUUUCAAGUCUUCAGCCAAAGAAGGUUCCAGUGUUGUGGAAUUCAUGGAAACUUUUGUCUUUGCUAUUAAACUACAAAACCUACAAACUGCAAGACUUGUAUUUAAAAUUCAAACUCAGACUCCCAGGAAGAAAAGCAUUGGAGAAUGUUCUCUGUCACUCAGAACACUAAGCACACAGGAAGUGGACUACUCUUUGGAUAUAACACCACCAUCUAAAGUUUCUGUUUGCCAUGCAGAACUUGAAUUGGGGACAUGUUUUCAAGCAGUGAAUAGCAGGAUUCAACUGCAAAUUCUUGAAGCCCAGUGCCUUCCAAGCUCAUCGACACCACUGACUUUGAGUUUUUUUGUGAAAGUGGGAAUGUUCAGCUCAGGAGAGUUGAUUUAUAAGAAGAAGACACGCUUACUGAAGGCCUCUAGUGGAAGAGUAAAGUGGGGUGAAAGUAUGAUUUUUCCACUUAUACAGACUGAAAAAGAAAUUGUUUUCCUCAUUAAGCUUUAUAGUCGAAGCUCUGUAAGAAGAAAACAUUUUGUAGGCCAGAUCUGGAUAAGCGAAGACAGUAAUAAUGCUGAAGCAGUGAACCAGUGGAAAGAGACCAUCACAAAUCCAGAAAAGGUUGUUAUCAAGUGGCACAAACUAAACCCAUCUUGAAUACUUAACACAUUAAAUUGGAGAAAAACAAUUAAACAUUCUUUUAGAAGAACUAUAAUUUCAACUUUUUCAAAAUUGUAAUGAAUUUCAUCAGAUACACAAAGUAAAAGGAAAUGUGAAAUGGCAUCAAAGCAGACAAUAAAAGGGUAAUAUCAUUAGGACAGCUACAUAAAUUAUAAAGUCUGUGGAGAUUUCAAUCUUAGAUAUUUCCAUGUUGCUUUUCUUUUUCUUUUUUAAGUUUUACCUCGAUGUUCAAAAACUAAUACACCAUUCCCUCUUAGUACUACUAGACCUUUGUAAGACUUUACCUCUGUUCUUGUUUCUAGGCAUUAUUGAUUAGAUCUUGUUUCCAGUGUUUUUAUCUUCCUAUAUAUUGCCUCUCAGUGUAAAUGAAUAGAACUAUUCCACUAUUUUCUAUAUUUUGAUAAAGUUUUUACUUAUAUUUAUUAUUUCUUAUCCAUGAGACAUUAUAUUACCAUUUUAUAAACCACUUAUC